AUGGCCUCCUUCAACGGCUUCAUUUUGGCCUUUUUUGUUGCCUUGUCAUUUUCAAGCAUGGAUGUUGGCUUAGCGGCUCGUUAUCUCCUGCAAUUGCCUCCAUUGCCUUCAGUGCCGAACUUGCCGAAGCCUGCACUGCCACCAGUUCCAGCCAUUCCAACUCUUCCACAGCCUAUAUUGCCAACCAUUCAACCUUCUCCGCCCAAGCCCACCCUGCCUCCGCUUCCUAGCAUGCCUACCACCCCCACUGUUCCACAGGUCACCUUGCCUCCAUUGCCAAGCAUUCCUUCCAUUCCCACAAUCCCAAAUACAAUUCCCUCCAACUCUUUCCUUUCUCCACCACCUGGAAACUAA